AUGGUCACCUUGAUCAUCUCAACCCUCACCUUCCCCCCUGGGUUUGGACAGUUCAUGGCUGGACAGGUCAGUAGUUCCAUUUUUUUUAUAUCUGCGUCUGUCAACAACAAUGUGUAUGAUACACCUUUCAAAGUAUUGAAACAGAGAUGCAUUUCAAUUGUCUAAAGCAGCCUCCUCUCCUCGUCCCCUUCCCUUCAUUUUCUCUUUUGUGAAUGGACCUGUCCUGUGUUGUCUUCACCUAUCCUAACCUCUUAGAUCAGCGAAGGGAAGGAGAUAAGGAAAGGAAGCCAAUUUAGACUAUUGAGAUUGAUACAGUAUAUCCCAGUCCUAACAGUUGUGUCUCUCCUUGUCUCCUCAGCUGACGCAGCAUGAGUCCCUGGUGGCGUUGUUGGACAACCGCACAUGGUGUCGCCAGGGUGUUGCCGAGGAGUUUGACUACAUCAGCCACUCCCACGCCUGGAAACACCCCCAGGUCAAUGUCUUCAUCACUCUCAUCUUCUUCAUCGUGAUGAAGGUACGUGUGUGUUGUUUUAAAAUGGAGAGUGUUUUUGUGCGUGGGUUUAGGAGAGGCGAGUCUGAUUUGUUUGUGAUUGUCUGAUUGUGUUGGUGUGAAAAUUAGGAUAUUAUGCCUCUUCUGUGUCUAUUCUCAGUUUCCGGCCAUCUACACAAAUUCGCUCGGCAGAACACCCCUUCUCUCUCCCACUUUCUCCGCUCUUUCUAGCUCCUCUCUUCGGAGAUCUUCUCUUUUCCUCUCUCUACUCUCUCUCUCUCUCUCUCUCUCUCUCUCUCUCUCUCUCCUCUCUAUCUCUCUUUCUCUCUCUCUCUCUCUCUCUCUAUCUCUCUCUCUCUACUCUUCUCUUCUCUCUCUCUCGCUUCUCUCUCUCUUCGCUUCUCUUCUCUCUUAGUUAUGGAUGUUCUGCAGUAGCUACCACCAUGCCUUGUACCAUGUGGGGCCUUUCAAGCCAGUUUUUCCUCAUUGGUAAGUCACUUGCUGUGUGCGAAUGUAUGUAUUUAGCCAUGCACACUAAAAACACCUGCAUGUACACAAACAAUUUAUUUGUGUGAUGUGAAAGAGAGGCUGCAGGCAUUUUUAUUUGGAUUGUUUGGGCACAGCAUUGGGCGGGGCUCUCGUAGGAGAGACCAUGGCAGUCAUUGUUCCCUAGAUGGCAUCAGCCGAUGGCAGUAGUUGUCUCUUAUUAUCCCAUUCAUAGUUGCAUGGAGGGGCUACUUAUGCUGUAGUGGGUGAGUUAGAGUGAUUUGUAGAAGUAGUGGAUGUCUCUGUAUCUCACUCCACCAGUUGCAUUCAAACUAACCUGUUUUGUUUUCUUUAGGCUCCAUUACGGCUCUAACGUGUCCGCUUAUCACUGAAACCAAAUGUGAGACUGAACUUCUUCAUAGGCUCUAUCUUGGCUCUUUCUGUUCUCUGAAGUGAUCGAAACUGGAGGCUGGUGUGAUGCCAAAGCUAUUUUUGUCAAUUGUGCUAUCUUAUUGAAUGUGACUGAUGAAAAUGAAUUCUGCUACGAUAGAAAAGUCAGCAGGUUUUGGGUUGAAAUAAAAAAAAAUCAGGUUCUCAUUGAUUUCUUGUUUAGUGGGCCAUAAGCGAUACAUGACCUUGAACAAUCCAUUAAAAAUGUUGGACAUGAAAGACUUGUUGGAUAAAUGUGACUAGUGCAAUCACAAAUCACUAGCUUGUGCUUUCAUUUGUUUUGUUGUUUAGAACAGUGAAGAUAACAAAUACACUUGAAAUAUGCAUUAACAAGUUUGGACACACCUACUCAUUCAAGGGUUUUUCUUUAUUUUUACUAUUUUACACAUACAGUGCUAUGAAAAAGUAUUUGCCCCUUUUCUAAUUUUCUCUAUCAUAUUUGUGAUACUAAAUGUUAUCAGAUCUUCAACCCAAACCUAAUAUUAGAUCAAGGGAACAUAAGUGAACAAAUAACACAACAAUUACAUAUUUAUUUCAUUUAUUUCAUAAACAAAGUAUGCAACACCCAAUUCCCCUGUGUGAAAAAGUAAUUGCCCCCUUACACUCAAUAACUGGUUGUGCCACCUUUAGCUGCAAUGACUCCAAUCAAAUGCUUCCUGUAGUUGUUGAUCAGUCUCUCACGUCGCUGUGGGGGAAUUUUGGCCCACUCUUCCAUGCAGAACUGCUUUAACUCAGUGACGUGUGGAUUUUCAAGCAUGAACUGCUCGUUUCAAGUCCUGCCACAACAUCUCAAUUGGGAUUGGGUCUGGACUUUGACUAGGCCAUUCCAAAACUUCCAAUUUGUUGCUUUUUAGCAAUUUUCAUGUAGACUUGAUUGUGUGUUUUGGAUCAUUGUCUUGCUGCAUGACCCAGCUGCGCUUCAGCUUCAGCUCACAGACGGAUGGUCUGACGUUCUCCUGUAGAAUUCUCUGAUACAGAGCAGAAUUCAUGGUUCCUUCUAUUAAGGCAAGUCGUCCAGGUCCUGAGGCAGCAAAGCAUCCCCAAACCAUCACACCACCACCACCAUGCUUGACCUUUGGUAUGAUGUUCUUACUGUGGAAUGCAGAGUUUGGUUUUCGCACUUGAAGAAACUUUCAAAGUUCUUGAAAUGUUCCGUAUUUGCCUGACCUUCAUGUCUUAAAGUAAUGAUGGACUGUCGUUUCUCUUUGCUUAUUUGAGUUGUUCUUACCAUAAUAUGGACUUGGUCUUUUACCAAAUAAGGCUAUCUUCUGUACCUUGUCAUAACAUAACUGAUUGGAAGGAAAGAAAGAAAUUCCACAAAUUAACUUUUAAGAAGGCAAACCUGUUAAUUGAAAUGCAUUCCAGGUGACUACCUCAUGACGCUGGUUGAGAGAAUGCCAAGAGUGUGCAAAGCUGUCAUCAAGGAAAAGGGUGGCUAUUUGAAGAAUCUCAAAUAUAAAAUAUAGUGUUAUUUAAUAGUUUUGAUGUCUUCACUAUUAUUCUACAAUGUAAAAAUAAAGAAAAACCCUUGAAUGAGUAGGUGUGUCCAAACUUUCUGUAGUUGUAUGUAUGUCUAGGGAGGCUGUGGAAAGCAAAAAGAGUGGGGAAAAAAAAUAUUUAGUCAGCCACCAAUUGUGCAAGUUCUCCCACUUAAAAAGAUGAGAGAGGCCUGUAGUUUUCAUCAUAGGUACACGUCAACUAUGACAGACAAAAUGAGAAUUUUUUUUCCAGAAAAUCACAUUGUAGGAUUUCUAAUGAAUUUAUUUGCAAAUUAUGGUGGAAAAUAAGUAUUUGGUCAAUAACAAAAGUUUCUCAAUACUUUGUUAUAUACCCUUUGUUGGCAAUGACACAGGUCAAACGUUUUCUGUAAGUCUUCACAAGGUUUUCACACACUGUUGCUGGUAUUUUGGCCCAUUCCUCCAUGCAGAUCUCCUCUAGAGCAGUGAUGUUUUGGGGCUGUCGCUGGGCAACACAGACUUUCAACUCCCUCCAAAGAUUUUCUAUGGGGUUGAGAUCUGGAGACUGGCUAGGCCACUCCAGGACCUUGAAAUGCUUCUUACGAAGCCACUCGGUGUGUUUGGGAUCAUUGUCAUGCUGAAAGACCCAGCCACGUUUCAUCUUCAAUGCCCUUGCUGAUGGAAGGAGGUUUUCACUCAAAAUCUCACGAUACAUGGCCCCAUUCAUUCUUUCCUUUACACGGAUCAGUCGUCCUGGUCCCUUUGCAGAAAAAACAGCCCCAAAGCAUGAUGUUUCCACCCCCAUGCUUCACAGUAGGUAUGGUGUUCUUUGGAUGCAACUCAGCAUUCUUUGUCCUCCAAACACGACGAGUUGAGUUUUUACCAAAAAGUUAUAUUUUGGUUUCAUCUGACCAUAUGACAUUCUCCCAAUCCUCUUCUGGGUCAUCCAAAUGCACUCUAGCAAACUUCAGACGGGCCUGGACAUGUACUGGCUUAAGCAGGGGGACACGUCUGGCACUGCAGGAUUUGAGUCCCUGGCGGCGUAGUGUGUUACUGAUGGUAGGCUUUGUUACUUUGGUCCCAGCUCUCUGCAGGUCAUUCACUAGGUCCCCCCGUGUGGUUCUGGGAUUUUUGCUCACCGUUCUUGUGAUCAUUUUGACCCCACGGGGUGAGAUCUUGCGUGGAGCCCCAGAUCGAGGGAGAUUAUCAGUGGUCUUGUAUGUCUUCCAUUUCCUAAUAAUUGCUUCCACAGUUGAUUUCUUCAAACCAAGCUGCUUACCUAUUUCAGAUUCAGUCUUCCCAGCCUGGUGCAGGUCUACAAUUUAGUUUCUGGUGUCCUUUGACAGCUCUUUGGUCUUGGCCAUAGUGGAGUUUGGAGUGUGACUGUUUGAGGUUGUGGACAGGUGUCUUUUAUACUGAUAACAAGUUCAAACAGGUGCCAUUAAUACAGGUAACGAGUGGAGGACAGAGGUGCCUCUUAAAGAAGAAGUUACAGGUCUGUGAGAGCCAGAAAUAUUGCUUGUUUGUAGGUGACCAAAUACUUAUUUUCCACCAUAAUUUGCAAAUAAAUUCAUAAAAAAUCCUACAAUGUGAUUUUCUGGAGAAAAAAAAUCUCAAUUUGUCUGUCAUAGUUGACGUGUACCUAUGAUGAAAAUUACAGGCCUCUCUCAUCUUUUUAAGUGGGAGAACUUGCACAAUUGGUGGCUGACUAAAUACUUUUUUUCCCCACUGUAAAUGUCACUUUCCACCACAUUGGACAAUAAAAGCCAUAUUCAUCAUCGUCAUCAUCCAGACUCUGUGUAUUCCUCCUCCCCAGGUGCGGCGGCGUUGUCGGGGGCGGUGACUCACACGGUGUCGACGGCGGUCAUCGUGUUUGAGCUGACGGGUCAGAUCAGCCACAUCCUGCCGGUGAUGAUAGCGGUGAUCCUGGCCAACGCCGUAGCCCAGUCCCUCCAGCCCUCGCUAUAUGACUCUAUCAUCAGGAUCAAGAAACUACCCUACCUCCCUGAGCUGGGUAUGGGGCACCACGAGUGAGUCUGUCUUUCCAUCUGUUUGUGUCUCAAUCUCCCUCACUUGAUAUUAUACUCCCUCUAUUCUUUCUUAUUUCUUUUCAACUUCCGGACAUUAUUUAUUUUCCUGUUUUUCCCCAUUUUCCUCCUUUAUCUCCUCUUUCAUUCUUACCCUACCCCCCUCUUCUCCUCCCCUGCUCCUUCAGGAAGUAUAACGUCCGUGUGGAGGACAUCAUGGUUAGAGACGUGCGUUACAUCACUCUCUCCUCCUCUUAUCGUGACAUACAGGAGGUCCUGCUGACUGGACAGCUCAAAACACAGGCCCUGGUCGAGUCCACGGGUAAGGGUGUGUGUAUAGUCUGCUAUAAUUUAAAGAUGCAUCCUUCCUCCAUUACACAUUGUCACUCUACUGCUUCAUCUGAUCUCAUGUCUUUCACUUCUUCCAGCUUUUUGACUUUGUGUCAUUUCCAUCUAUUAUGUUAUUCUGCUUAGUAAUCUCCCUUACUGUUUAAUCGUCAUAAGCUAUCUUUUAUCAUCUCUUUUUGUUAUCUUAUCACUCUCCCAUAUCAACUUGCUUUUGAUCGGUUGUUGUGCAUUUUCUCUUGUGUGUGUCCCAAUUUUUUUGUGCUGCAUCUGAUUGCUUGCAGGUCGACACGUUGCAUGGAAUUCGGAAGCAAAAAGGGGCGGAGGCCGAUGGCGAUGCGCCCUUGUGUAGAAUAGGAUCCGGGGAGCGGGGGAAGAGAGCCCGGCCAGCGCAGAGGGGCUGGGCAACGGAGAUGAGAAAAGAGAGAAAGAAGGAAUAAAGAAAGAGAAAAGAAAGAAAGCAAUAUCUCCACAUCAAUAUCUAUUCUAAAAAUAAUCUAAAAAUGCACGAUAUCAAUAUAAAAAGUAAGAAGCGAAAAUAACAAGAGAAGAGAGAAAAAACAGGAAGAGAGAGAAAAAGGGAAGGAAGAGAGAAAGAACAAAAAGGAGGAGAAACGGGAAAGAAGAACUAGACAAACAGGAGCGGGAGAGAAAAGAGACAAAGAGUAGAAAAAGAGGUGAAAAAUAAAGAGAAGAAAAGAGGAAGGAGUACCUAUAGAGGAGAUCAAAUGCGCGAAAAGCAAAGAAGAAAAGAAGAGAGAGCGCUAGAAAACGGAGAGCAAAAAGAGAUACAGAAAGCGAGAGAAAAAGAAAAGAGAGAAACCCUAGCGAGCACGAGAAGAAAAAGAAAGAGAGAGAAGCAAAGGAAGCGAGCGAAACAGGCCAGAACAGAGAAAAAGCGCGGAAAAUAAAGAGAGACGACCUACGAGAGCGCAACGCAAUAGAGAGAAAACCUGCAUCAAGAGAACAAUACCCUCUCUCUCCCCCUUCCUCUCUCUCCACCUCCCUCUCUCCCUCUUUCUCUUUCUCUUUCUCUCUGUCCUCCAGACUCUAUGAUCCUGUUGGGUUCUAUAGAGCGCUCCCAGCUCCAGUCACUCCUGUCCCUCCAGCUGGGUCCAUUGCGCAGGCUAGACCACCUCCAGAGGCACGCCCAGGACAAUGGCACACACACACACACACUGGACAUACACACACACCUGGCCAGCCUGGGCACCAUGGACAAUCCCCUAAGCCCACCCUGCACACACACACACACCAAUGCCUCCAAUACCAGCGCACACCAUGGGGUCCGCUUUCUGGUGAGUGUUACGGAGGUGAGUCGGACUCACGCUCGCGUGAUGAGGUAGCACUGCCUGCGACUUAAAGUCACUGUCACCCUCGAGGGUGGGGGGUAGGUAGGGAAGUUAUGUGUGAAGUUCAUUACAUGUAAUGUGUGGAUAUGUGUUGGGAUGGACUUACAUUGGUUACAGUAAAUGUGUGAGUGAAGUAAGUGUUUUAGGGGUAUUACAGAGUGUGGUGUGGGUUGGUUUGGUGUAUUUGGUAGGGGACGUCUGUGAAGUUUGUCUGAUUUCAGUAUGUGGGGGAUCUUCAGUACUUCAGCAUGCCUUCUACUGUCUACAGUACCUCUAACCACUGUGUAUGUGUGCUGUGUGUGUGUUUGUGUUUGUGUGCGUACGUCUGUGCCUGUACGUGUGCGUGCAUGCAUGUAUCAUGUGUAGAGCUGUGGUGGUCAUUACAUUUUGUCAGCCGGUUAUUGUCAUAUUAAUGCCUGCCGGUCUCACGGUAAAUUACUGAUAAUUAACUAACACGUUUGGCAUCUCAGGCCUCCAGGCAUACAAGCCGCUGAUACGCGCCUUUGGAACAUCUACAUUUUAAAAAAGUAUAAUAAAUCCAGUUAAUGUACACCAUCACAAUAAAUCAAUUAUUUAUUUUAGGCAGGUCUAAACAAACAUGAUAUUGUCGUGACGUGACUUACUUUAAUGUAUGACUGUUAUUUAUCGAAUCAACUAACUAUGUUUAAUUGUCACUCGAUUCAAUUAAUCAUGUAACAAUUAACUCAUUAGGAAUUUGGGGCUCCACGGAAGAAGUUGUUUAACGAGUUACCAUCUCCCGAAUUAAACUCUUAGAAGAUAUAUGUUAUAUAUCAUUUACAUUUUAGUCAUUUAGCAGACGCUCUUAUCCAGAGCGACUUACAGUUAGUGAUUACAUAUAUAUAUUUUUUUUAUACUGGCCCCCCGUGGGAAUCGAACCCAUAACCCUGGCGUUGCAAACGCCAUGCUCUAUCAACUGAGCUACAUCCCUGCCGGCCAUUCCCUCCCCUACCCUGGACGACGCUGGGACAAUUGUGCGCCACCCAUGAGUCUCCCGGUCGCGGCCGGCUGCGACAGAGCCUGGAUUCGAACCAGGAUCUCUAGUGGCACAGUUAGCACUGCGAUGCAGUGCCUUAGACCACUGCGCCACUCAGGAGUUCAUAUCGAUAACAGUCACUAAUUAAAUAAUUACCUCUUAUCAGUCUCAUUCUGAACGUUGCAUAAUCCUUGAACCUGCAAGAACCCUAACCUUAUUGAUGAAUCAGCAAUACACAAAUUGUCUUAAAUAUUUAUUUACUAACUAACUAAAUAAUAACACCGAAUACACACACACACAGGUUAUUGAUUACUAACGUAAUACAAUGAGAACAGGACCCUAGUGGACUGGACGAACAAUAGCAUGAAUGAUUGGGUAGAAGGAGGGUCAGAGUGGAAGGGAGAGACAGAGAUUCAAACUAUCGUUGUUACUUUGGAAACUACACUCACGGAAAUACAAAUGCUUAGAACCCUAAUAACCGCUCAUUCGGAUUAGAAAUGCAACUUGUAUUUACGUGUAGCUGUCUUCGAUAGUUGAGUUGAUGAUGUAGGACUCUCGUUUGCCCACCAGAGAUCCCAAUGUCCAUGGUAGAGUUUCUGGUCGUAGUGGUGAUUAGAAUGGAUACUUCAGCGUACCCUGUAGUUCGUAGAGUUGAUAGAAUAGAUACUUCAGAUGUACCAACGGUUGUCUGAGAGGGAUUGUCCUUCCCAACUUGUGUCUUUAGUGAAAGUUCUCUAGAUGACUAUACAUGCCAGCUGCAGACUGAGAUGAUAAGGUCUAGUGUGUUGUCUUCUUCUUCACCUCGUGUAGAGGUUGAGAGUUUCAGAGUUUCAUCAUUUUGCCAUAUUCAGCUCGCACUGUAUGUCGGCUGGUCUGUAGAGUACCAACCAUUUUAAGCCGUGGGGCUUCCUGGUCUAAUGUUAAUUUGUUUUUCAAGGCUUUUUAUGCCCUCGGGGUAAAAGGGGUGUUCCAUCAUGUUUGUGCUCAUCUGGGCGUGGCCAUUGACUGAGAACAAAUCAAUAUGGAAAACAGUCAUCUCAUCUAGAAUGCUACAAUCACAUUGUUAUCUUCACAAAAGUUGUAUUAUACUUAAUCAUUAGUUUUAUACAACAAUUAGAUGCAAACCUCAUAACUGGGAAGUGUACACCCCCAGAGAUACAGUUAUGUUGUUCCAACGUCUUUAAUGACAUCACAACAUAGUAACGAAUUUGACAUGAUUGUUCUUUAAGUCCCCACCGACCAUUUCCCAGAUGUUCUUUAAAAGCGCUUUCCUCUCCAUCUUAAAUAAGCAUGCCCCAUUCAAAAAAUUUAGAACUAAGAACAGAUAUAGCCCCUGGCUCACCCCAGACUUGACUGCCCUUGACCAGCACAAAAACAUCCUGUGACGUACUGCAUUAGCAUCGAACAGCCCCCGCGAUAUGCAACUUUUCAGGGAAGUCAGGAACCAAUAUACACAAUCAGUUAGGAAAGCAAAGGCUAGCUUUUUCAAACAGAAAUGUGCAUCCUGUAGCACUAACUCCAAAAGGUUUUGGGUCACUGUAAAGUCCAUGGAGAAUAAGAGCACCUCCUCCCAGCUGCCCACUGCACUGAGGCUAGGAAACACUGUCACCACAGAUAAAUCUACGAAAUCGAGAAUUUCAAUAAGCAUUUUGCUACGGCUGGCCAUGCUUUCCACCUGGCUACCCCUACCCCGGCCACCAGCUCUGCACCCGCCGCUGCAACUUGCCCAUGCCCACCCCGCUUCUCCUUCACCCAAAUUCAGAUAGCUGAUGUUCUGAAAGAGCUGCAAAAUCUGGACCCAUACAAAUCAGCUGGGCUAGACAAUCUGGACCCUUUCUUUUUAAAAUUAGCCGCCAAAAUUGUAGCAACCCCUAUUACUAGCCUGUUCAACCUCUCUUUCGUAUCAUCUGAGAUCCCCAGAGAUUUGAAAGCUGCCGCGGUCAUCCCCCUCUUCAAAGGGGGUGACACUCUAGAUCCAAACCGUUACAGCCCUAUAUCCAUCCUGCCCUGCCUUUCGAAAGUAUUUGAAAGCCAAGUUAACAAACAGAUCACCGACCAUUUCGAAUCCCACCGUACCUUCUCCGCUAUGCAAUCUGGUUUCCGAGCUGGUCAUGGGUGCACCUCAGCCACGCUCAAGGUACUAAACGAUAUUAUAACCGCGACCGAUAAAAGACAGUACUGUGCAGCCGUCUUCAUCGACCUGGCCAAGGCUUUCGACUCUGUCAAUCACCGCAUUCUUAUUGGCAGACUAAAUAGCCUUGGUUUCUCAAAUGACUGCCUCGCCUGGUUCACCAACUACUUCUCAGAUAGAGUUCAAUGUGUCAAAUCGGAGGGCCUGUUGUCUGGACCUCUGGCAGUCUCUAUGGGGGUGCCACAGGGUUCAAUUCUCGGGCCGACUCUAUUAUCUGUGUAUAUCAAUGAUGUCGCUCUUGCUGCUGGUGACUCUCAGAUCCACCUCUACGCAGACGACACCAUUUUGUAUACAUCUGGCCCUUCAUUGGACACUGGUUAACAAACCUCCAAACGAGCUUCAAUGCCAUACAACACUCCUUCCGUAGCCUCCAACUGCUCUUAAACGCUAGUAAAACUAAAUGCAUGCUCUUCAAUCGAACGCUGCUUGCACCCGCCCGCCCGACCAGAAUCACUACUCUAGGCGGGUCUGACUUAGAAUAUGUGGACAACUACAAAUACCUAGGUGUCUCUCCUUCCAGACUCACAUUAAGCAUCUCCAAUCCAAAGUUAAAUCUAGAAUCGCCUUCCUAUUUCGCAACAAAGCCUCCUUCACUCAUGCUGCCAAACAUGCCCUCGUAAAACUGACUAUCCUACCAAUCCUUGACUUCGGCGAUGUCAUUUACAAAAUAGCCUCCAACACUCUACUCAGCAAAUUGGAUGUAGUCUAUCGCCAUCCGUUUUGUCAUCAAAGCCCCAUAUACUACCCACCAUUGUGACCUGUACACUCUUGUUGUUUGGCCCUCACUACAUAUUAGUCGGCAAACCAACUGGCUCCAGGUCAUCUAUAAAUCACUGCUAGGCAAAUCCCACCUUAUUUUAGCUCAUUGGUCACCAUAGCAACACCCACCCGUAGUCUGCGCUCCAGCAGGUAUAUCUCACUGGUCAUCCCCAAAGCCAACACCUCCUUUGGCCGCCAUUCCUUCCAGUUCUCUGCUGCUAAUGACUGGAACGAACUGCAAAAAUCUCUGAAGCUGGAGACUCUUAUCUCCCUCACUAACCUUAAGCAUCAGUUGUCAGAGCAGCUUACCGAUCACUGCACCUGUACACAGCCCAUCUGUAAUUAGCCCACCGAACUACCUCAUCCCCAUAGUGUUAUUUAUUUUGCUUAUUUGCACCCAAGUAUCUAUUUUUGCACAUCAUCUUCUGCACAUCUAUCACUCCAGUGUUAAUACUAAAUUGUAAUUAUUUUGCACUAUGGCCUAUUUAUUGCCUUACCUCCAUAACUUACUACAUUUGCACACACUGUACAGUGGGGAAAAAAAGUAUUUAGUCAGCCACCAAUUGUGCAAGUUCUCCUACUUAAAAAGAUGAGAGAGGCCUGUAAUUUUCAUCAUUGGUACACGUCAACUAUGACAGACAAAUUGAGCAUUUUUUUCCCAGAAAAUCACAUUGUAGGAUUUUUAAUGAAUUUAUUUGCAAAUUAUGGUGGAAAAUAAGUAUUUGGUCAAUAACAAAAGUUUCUCAAUACUUUGUUAUAUACCCUUUGUUGGCAAUGACACAGGUCAAACGUUUUCUGUAAGUCUUCACAAGGUUUUCACACACUGUUGCUGGUAUUUUGGCCCAUUCCUCCAUGCAGAUCUCCUCUAGAGCAGUGAUGUUUUGGGGCUGUCGCUGGGCAACACAGACUUUCAACUCCCUCCAAAGAUUUUCUAUGGGGUUGAGAUCUGGAGACUGGCUAGGCCACUCCAGGACCUUGAAAUGCUUCUUACGAAGCCACUCCUUCGUUGCCCGGGCGGUGUGUUUGGGAUCAUUGUCAUGCUGAAAGACCCAGCCACGUUUCAUCUUCAAUGCCCUUGCUGAUGGAAGGAGGUUUUCACUCAAAAUCUCACGAUACAUGGCCCCAUUCAUUCUUUCCUUUACACGGAUCGGUCGUCCUGGUCCCUUUGCAGAAAAACAGCCCCAAAGCAUGAUGUUUCCACCCCCAUGCUUCACAGUAGGUAUGGUGUUCUUUGGAUGCAACUCAGCAUUCUUUGUCCUCCAAACACGACGAGUUGAGUUUUUACCAAAAAGUUAUAUUUUGGUUUCAUCUGACCAUAUGACAUUCUCCCAAUCCUCUUCUGGAUCAUCCAAAUGCACUCUAGCAAACUUCAGACGAGCCUGGACAUGUACUGGCUUAAGCAAGGGGACAUGUCUUGCACUGCAGGAUUUGAGUCCCUGGCGGCGUAGUGUGUUACUGAUGGUAGGCUUUGUUACUUUGGUCCCAGCUCUCUGCAGGUCAUUCACUAGGUGUGUUUCUGGGAUUUUUGCUCACCAUUCUUGUGAUCAUUUUGACCCCAUGGGGUGAGAUCUUGCGUAGUGCCCCAGAUCGAGGGAGAUUAUCAGUGGUCUUGUAUGUCUUCCAUUUCCUAAUAAUUGCUCCCACAGUUGAUUUCUUCAAACCAAGCUGCUUACCUAUUGCAGAUUCAGUCUUCCCAGCCUGGUGCAGGUCUACAAUUUUGUUUCUGGUGUCCUUUGACAGCUCUUUGGUCUUGGCCAUAGUGGAGUUUGGAGUGUGACUGUUUGAGGUUGUGGACAGGUGUCUUUUAUACUGAUAACAAGUUCAAACAGGUGCCAUUAAUACAGGUAACGAGUGGAGGACAGAGGAGCCUCUUAAAGAAGAAGUUACAGGUCUGUGAGAGCCAGAAUUCUUGCUUGUUUGUAGGUGACCAAAUACUUAUUUUCCACCAUAAUUUGCAAAUAAAUUCAUAAAAAAUCCUACAAUGUGAUUUUCUGGAUUUUUUUCCCCUCAAUUUGUCUGUCAUAGUUGACGUGUACCUAUGAUGAAAAUUACAGGCCUCUCUCAUCUUUUUAAGUGGGAGAACUUGCACAAUUGGUGGCUGACUAAAUACUUUUUUCCCCACUGUAUAUAGAUUGUCUAUUGUGUUAUUGACUAAUUGUUUUGUUUAUCCCAUGUGUAACUCUGUGUUGUUGUUGUUUUUAUCGCACUGCUUUGCUUUAUCUUGGCCAGGUCGCAGUUGUAAAUGAGAACUUGUUCUCAACUGGCCUACCUGGUUAAAUAAAGGUGAAAUAAAAAAUAUGAAAAAAUCUGGAUAUGUGCCAUGCCAUAGGCUGUAGCCUUGUUCAUUUAGCAGACAAGAUAUGCUUAUAAGUCCCAUGCCAUUAUCUUAUAUUAAUGAUUUUAUAGAAGAAUAUAAAUGACCUUUGAGUAAUAGUUUGACUGUGGUCAUGACUGCCGCUGUGGCGGUAAUACGGUCACUGCAACAGCCCUAAUCAUGUUUCUCUACCUAGAUCUCAACAGAAGAGUCCUCCUUCAGCCAAGCUGGGUCCAACUCUCAGCUGCCACUCAAGUCUGCUAUGAAAACUGUCCCUACUACUCACAACACAGAGGCACCCAACAGCAUGCACACUCUUUCAAUUAAUAGAGACACGCCGACUCUGUCUCCUCUCUCAGGCUCUCAGCAGACACUCUCCUGUGGUGACCCUGAGAGAGUGCUACUCGAGGUGAGUCUAUGCUUGUAUCCUCAUAUUCUACAACAACCACUUUCUCCUCAGAGAAUCUUUAGUAACUAUAAGCCCCAGCGUUGCUGUAGCGUAAACAGAGAAGCAUAACAAGCUAUAUGUGUUGCAGUAAUAUUGUAUUAAUAUUUUUAAAUAUCCAUUAUCCGUCUUCUCUCUCUUUAUCAGCUGCUAUGCCCAUUAUAGAGUAUAACGUUGCUGUAACGUUGUUUUUUAGGUUGUGCUAACGUUGUGUUAACUUUAUCCUAACAUUGUGCUAACGAUGUGUUUGUUAUUCUCUUCCUAUAAGAGCCUGGCAGAGCCGGAGGCUCCUGAAAGCAGGGGGCCCAAACGCGUCAGGAUCUCCAUGGCGAUGGUAAGACUGCCACCCUCCUUAGAGACAGUUGCUAAGUAACCGUUGCCUAGCGACCUAGCAUUGAGCAAGAGACCAACCAAAAUCAUUUUGGGUACUUCUACCAACCCAAAAUAUACUGUAGCUAAUAGCACUUGUGGGAGCGAGGGAAUGAGUAAUGAAGGGAGAGACUGAUGUAGGAAAGGAGAGAAAGCGAGGGAAAAAAGGAGAGAAGAAGGCAAAGUUGACCAAACCUGAGUUGAAACCGGAGUCAUUUUAGUGAUUCAUCUGAUUAUUUACAGUGAGUAGUUACAGGGGCAGAAGCAUGCACUUCUGAAUGUGGUUAUGUGUUAGUCUUUCAUUCUCCUAUGCAGUGGUGGUAUGUUAAUUAAGGAAAUAUUGAAUAUGUGUGCAUGUGCCGGGUAACAUAGAUAUAGUUAGAGGAUGCAAUAUUAUAUCUGUCCCAUUAUGGCGUCUGUGAGAGCAUGGGCAGUGCAAUUGAAGUCAUCUCCAUAGAGCUCACCAGCUUGUAGUUCUAAAAAACGGAAAUUAGUAUUUUCUACCGUUGGCCAUUCCAAUGGGGGAAAUUAAUGGGGAAAUAAUGUUUUUGGGGGGGAAUAUACGCCGAAAAUAAGGUCUGAGGUUAACACAGGCUUAGGAGAUCUUAUACGUUUUGUUCUAUGAGAUAAUAUCAGUCAGUUAACAUGCCGUUAUUUCCGGCAUUUAUUUUAAAAAACACAUUAAUUUCCCCAUAGGCUUUGGCCAACGAGCCAUGGCGGAGUUAGCCUCCGUUAGUGCCCACAAAAAGAUGCCAUUACUAUUGCUCUCUAUUUUGAAGUAGUCCAUUUUCUUCUUCUACUACUUCUAUAUGUUUUUAUUUAGUAUUUAUUAGGGAUCCCCAUUAGCUGUUGCCAAGGCAGCAGCUACUCUUCCUGGGGUCCAAACAAAUUAAGGCACUUAUAUUACAAAUAAAACAAAAGACAAAACAGUACAUCAUAGUUGGUAAACAAACUGAAAGGGUGCAUAAUGCUACCUGGAGUGUGUUGUUUGAACAGGUAUAAAGCCAAGGUUUGUGAUUUACUGCCUCCUGCAGUUAAGGAAUGUUUGCUCACAAGUACAAUUCAUUGGCUGAUCCCUCCUGAGGACCUGGAUGGAAUUCUUCCUUAAGGAAGUCCCACCCAGUUGACUACUUAAAAAUGGUGAAAGUCCUCAAUGGCGCUGCCCAUGUUAAAACUGGCUUUGGGGCACUAGAGUCCUCUAUCUACCUCUAUGGGGUGUAACUACUGUCUCUCUUUGUUUUCAGGAGUCUCCUGAAGUAGAGGAUGACAUGACCACAAACGAAGUAAGACUGAACUCUAAUUGGUUAACUGUCAUGUCAGUCAAUAACUUAAAAAUGCAGUGAUUGGUGUAAGUGUUGUAAGAGUUGUUAGACGGUCAUCAUUGAGGGAUUUUGUCAGCAAGGCAGCAUGGUGCAUCGUCCAGAAUCGUACAACAUCUCUUUUCCAUAAAAUAAAUGUUAGAAUUCUCUAACAAAUUUUCAUUGGGAAGGCAGAUAAAGCAUUUUUUUAUCUAAAGCAAUCCCUUUAGCAUGGGAAAACACAGAAUCCUACAAAAUACUACACGUGCUUAAUCAUGUCACUUUUGUUUUGAGCCGGCUUCGCCAUCGGACAGAGUGGGGCACAAUGGCUCACGCCCGGCAGGCAACACGGGUUCCAAAUCGAAUGUAAACAAAUUUCAUCCGGUGCAAAACACACCAACACGGGCGCCCGGCGAAGUUAAUCUAACACCCUCAUUGGUUGAGAGUUCUGAAUCCCCUCCCACAGAUAGCGGAGUGGGAGGAGCAACAGUUGGACGAGCCAGUGGAUUUCAACAACUGCAAGAUUGACCCUGCCCCUUUUCAGCUGGUGGAGCGGACGUCUCUGCACAAGGUGUGUCAUCAUCAGUUCACCUGUCAAUCAACCUGUCCCUUGUCAAUCUGCACAACCAACCUAGCUGUCAUCUGUUAUUUUGGAGGAACGCUUUACUUGUAAUGCUUAAGUGUCAUUGAAUCCACUGGAUAAGAGUGUCUGCUAAAUGACUCAAAUCUAAAAAUGUAACCAUGCAACAAGUGCAGACAAUGGCUGAGUUCCAUCCCUAAAACAUGAUGUUCUCUUCCCUCUGCCCUUGAUGACAUCCCUUUAAAUUGAUGGUGUUGGUGACAGAAAUGUGAUGGCACGCAGCUCCACUAGACCAAGGCUCUGCACUAGACUGUGUGAUUGUUUUAAUAGACAAUUUGUUCUCAAUUACAUUUUAAUGGAUGUCAUCUAUCGUUCUUUCUACCCACGCUCUCUCUCAUUUUCUCUUUGUCUCCAUCUCCCCCAUGUCAAUGUAGCUACCAUGUAAAUACAGCACAUAGAUUUUAUAGGCCACUGAACCUAAAGUGGGACCCUCCUUUCUCUUUCCUCUCUCUCCUUUGCUUUAUCCCUCUAUCUUGUCAUGUUGUUCCUUCUGAUCUGCUCUCUUGACUGCAGUCCUCUACCCUCUCUCUCAUUCUUUUUCUUCAGACUCACACCAUAUUCUCUCUGCUGGGGCUGGACCAUGCCUAUGUGACCAGUAUUGGACGACUGGUGGGAGUGGUCUCCCUCAGGGAGGUGGGUGUUCCCGUGCACUAGAACUCUGAUGUCACUGUGAUGUCAUGUAGUUUGUGUAGUUUGUAUUUUCAACACUGAUGUCAUCAUGCUAUGAGUGAUUUAGGGCAGUUCAUCUUAAAAUCCCCACAAGCACAUCACAGGAAACCUUCCUGUUUACUUUGGCUGUGAUUGUGUUUGAAUAUUGCCAUCACCUUAGAUCAGUCCUAAGGACAAUAUUGCGCUUAAUGGAUCAGCAGUAAUCUCAGGCUAAUCAAUUUGCUCAUUACAGAAAUUGCUGCAGAUUGAGGUUGCCUUGGCAACAACCCUGUGAGUUUGGAGAUCUGUAAUAUGAAUCACCACGUUGUUUACUCCAAAGUGACUCCAUAAUGUUCCAUCCUUGCUCCCUAUUUUAUUCCUCCAUCUCUCCCUCUCCUCUCUCUGUCCAACGUCUAGCUUCGCAAGGCCAUAGAAGGCUCAGUGACUGUGACAGGGGUGAAAGUUCGCCCCCCACUGGCCAGUUUCCGUGACAGCGGCAACAACACCACCAGUGUUUCGGAGGUGACAGAGCUACACAAGCUUUGGAACCGCCACAGAGGCCUCUCGUUACCACAGGAACCCACCCCGCCUGACAUGGAGGACCAAUUGGACGAUAUGUAUGAGGAGAGUCCUGUCCACUUCACACAGGACCAAUCAGAUUUGGAGUUUGAAACCAGCCCCGCUGACAAUACGGACCCGCCAUCGGAAUUGGUUAUUCAGGAAUGCCUCUCACUAACAGAGGACCAAACAGAAGAGUUUAUCUUAGAGUGCAGCCCUUCCCACACUGACGAAUCAGAGCUGGCCUGUGAUUUUGACCCCCCCCACCUCCCUGAGAUUUGCCAAUCGGAGACGGCGAAGGAACAUGGAACCCUGCCCGAGAACAUACAGCAAAUGGACCAAUCAGAACUGCAGUGUGAGCGAAGUCCCACCCGCACUGAGGACCAAUCAGAAUGACAGAAGGGGUGACGGAAAAUUAGGAGAUGAUUCAUGGUUCGUUGAGGUUUCUAUAACCUUACAGGUCAUUUUCACCUCAAUCUUCAAGCUGGUGUGUGUGCGUGUGCGUGUGUGUGUGUUGGUGUGAAUGAGCUUGUAUUCCUGUGUGAGU